AUGUGUUCUUCGUUGGCAUUUACAUCGGAAAAUUAUAUAAUUCAAAAAGUACUGAAGGAACCAAUUCUUAAUAAUAACCCUAAAUGUAAAGAGUAUAUAAAUGAGGUUUUACAUUUUCAUUCUCCUAAAAGACAUCAGUCAGAUCAAGUUAUCCCUAUUCAAAAACGCAUCCGGUAUAAGCCUAGACUUGAAGAUAAAGUUAUUCUAGUAGUUAGUGGAAAUGUGGGGAAAUAUUCAGAUUCUACUGAAUGGUACGACCCAAAAGUCAACCGAUGGAAGUUAAAAGCAAAACUACUAAGAACACCAACUAAGCGUAUUCUAGCCAGUGUAACUGUAUCAAAAAAUAAUGUUGUGUUUACUGUGGGUGGUUAUUGUUCGGGAUCGUAUCUUCAGUCUUUUUUUGUGCUAGAUUUAUUUUCAGAAUCACCUUGUUGUAAACCAAUUGAUGACAUGUUAGUCAAAAGAAGUAAAUUAGGAGUUGGCGUGAUAAAUAAUAAUCUGUAUGCUGUUGGCGGAUUUGAUGGAACUAAUUGUUUAAAUAGUGCCGAAGUUUUUGACGACAGUACUAAAAAAUAG